GGGGACCAUAGCGUUUGAGUUAUUGUACAUGCUGUGAGUGGGUAUACAUCUUAGCUAUUCUAAAUAGUCUAGCGCGGACUGCUUUGGAUACAAAGGUAUACACAUACUUACCAUGGGCAUCAAGAAGAGCCGGUCUCCCGGCCGGCCCAUGGCGCCCAGUAUUACCACCACUCCAGCAGCAGACGAAACGGAUCUUAAUCAAAACAGUCAACACAAUCAAAUUAGCGGAGUUGACUUAGUAGCAGACUCUAAAUCGAAUACCAAUACCAAUAUUAAUAUCAGCACACUCAGAAGUGCAUCUUCAACUCAGCUGGGAAGGGGCCGAGAGGUUGUGAAUACCUACCAAUCCCUAUCGACGGCUGUGCGUGUACCAUUCCGGUCGCGCUCAUCUUUACCUAAUCUCGUAGGGGCAUCGGGCAGUAGUGCACCCAGUACCGCUCCUGCUGGAACUAGUAUAGCAGAAAUGACCUCGGGAAGUUCAUAUGGUUCUGUUCACAAUACAACCUCGACUUCAAGAGGGGGAGGUGGACAGGAUAGGCGAUAUUAUGGACAUGGAGAAAGCUCGUCUUUGCUCCGUGGUGGAUAUCCGUAAGUGAUCGUUGUGGGUGAAUAAAGAGGACUAAGAGGC